CAGGUGCACACGGCAGCGACGUCCGGCCAGUCUCGAUCACCAACGCACACCGGCAGUGCCUUGCUGCUUGCCUGACUCUUCGCCUGACGCCGAAAAGCGAGUCGCUACAUAGCGCAAGAGGCGCACGCCCGUCUUCUCCAUUCUACCACCACUUUCGCAAUCUGUCUCAGGCAGUCGGUCUGUUGGCCACAAGACGUCCAGCAAACAACACAAAGACUCUCCUAACCUCGUAGCGCUCGGGUCUUCUUUCGUGACUCACUCUCUCAACUCGUGCCUGGAGGCCGCCAGUAAACAGGUCACGCACACCAUCAUGGCGACGCAAAUAGACACCGGCGCAACGAGAAACGCGACAGGAUUGACAGAUUCAACGCAUAGCAGCACUUCGACUACUGCCUCCCGAUACGACUUGGACGAGGAAGAUACGAGUCCGAUCUUGCUGUACAAGUAUCGCGGCGGAUUGCAGACCUCGUCGCAAAAGGACUUGUGUGCUUGGUUAGACAAAGAUGAAAACUUCCGCGUCACAAAGAAGGAGAUUCCUCGAUUAUCAUCAUACGUCGAAGUGAAGCGCCACGAUCUCUUCCUACCGAACGAGCAGGUCGAAUACCGCAACACACCGAACUACGAUUCAAAUCUUGCAUCAAUCAAAAUACCUGCGAUGGCAUAUUGGAGUCGCUUGAUCUUGGGAGGAUAUGACAACCUCUAUAUUGUCUCGCCCGAGACGUCGCCAAAUUCAAGUAUCGCAGACGAUGACAGUCGGAGACCAAGUCCUUCGACAACUUGGGGACAAGACAGCUUGGAGGAUGCACGUAUUGGUGCACAGGAUCACGCGGCGCUGCAAUAACCGCUUGCUGGAGGGUUGUUCCUUAUGAGCGCAUGACUUGAUGAAUAGCAUAUUCUAUGACAGUAGCUGAUAUGAACGAGCACGUACACCUUCAUGGCUGCGCGAGUGAUCGCGCAGUUCAAGGUCUCAAUUGUGUUUUCAAGAGAGAUGGUAGCUGUGAGGCAUACAUGUCUCCGUGCCAGCAUGGGACCAAUACCUGUCGGCUGGGGAUAUGCCAAAGCAAUACUGAUAACAGAGUACUGCUAUGAUCGAGUCAAGCAGAAGAAUUGCUCAUGUUCAUCCUUCUCGGUUUGCUUGUUAACAAGGGACAGCAACAUUCCCAUGCCACGCGAUGUCUCCACAUCACAUUAGAGCAUACACUGUUCG